UGUUGCGGGAUGGGCGCGGGGGGGUUGUGAUGGUGCCCAAGAGGCCAGGGAUGCUUAUUGGCCGCCGACAUCACCGCCGAGCAGUGGUUCUGAAACUCUGGUCUGUGGAUAGUUCCCUCUAAGAGGCGUGCCUGGGUGGCCACACACCUAAUUAGUGGAGCCCAGCAAGCUUGACUAUACUAAAUAGGUGCCUGUACCCUGGAGAAGACCCAUGUAAGUGUGCAGGAGGCGCUGGGAGGGAGAGAGAGAGAGGAGAUGAUCAGCGGGGGCCGCUGGCAGGCAGGAGGUGCUGAAGGGAGGAGAGCUUGGAUGCCGGUGCCCUACUGGAAAUUCAAAACAAAAAACCCCUGGGAUCUCAAUUUCAUACAUGUUGCAGUUUUAUGUUCAAAACUCUCUCUAAAUAGGUGAAAUAGAGAAUACUGGUGUCUGUGAGUUUGGGACAGAAAGGAGGACAAAAGAAUUGAUUAAACUACUAAGUGAACAUUGAAGCACACACCUCACAGAGCUCUGUAAGAUUUCAUUUUGUUCAGCCAGUAGCAUGAGUUGGGAUGACUUACGUUGCAAAGAAGUGUGGCAUUCGCUUUCAGCCUCCAUCCAUUAUCCUGAUCUAUGAAGAUAAAAACAAGGAUAGAGCACGCCAGCGCAUCAUGCCUAUCCGAAACUUCUGCAAGUUCUCAGAUUGCAGCAGGGCUGCAGAACAGCUGAAGAAUAACCCUCGGCACAAGGCUUACCUACAAGGGGUCUCACUGCGGCAGCUGCGGAAAUUAUACAGUUUGCUAAGAGGCCACUUGCAGGGAAAGAGUUUGGCCCAGAGCUUGGAGCAGAUUCAGCAAGAAGAGACCAUUGACCCAGAGGAGGACCUGAACAAACUAGAUGACAAGGAGCUGGCGAAAAGGAAGAGUAUCAUGGAUGAGCUGUUUGAAAAGAACAGGAAGAAGAAGGAUGACCCAGAUUUCACCUACAAUGUUGAGGUUGAGUUCCCACAAGAUGAGCAGCUGGAAUCCUGUGGCUGGGAUGCAGAGUCAGACAAUGAGUUCUGAUAAUGGACAAGGCCUCCCAGAUAAUCAGUAUGGAGAGAGAGAGAACCCAUAUUCUCAUUACACAGAGAGCACAGUUACUGUGUCCAUCAUAUCGCAUCAGUCUACAGAGCUUGACUGACACUCUUUACUAGCCAUACAACUGAUGCAUUUUACAUUGGUAAAUAAGAGAUCAGUGCCGAUGGUGUUUUAGCAGUUUGGGUAAUAGACAAACUGUUUUUAAAACAAGUCUUACUUGAAGCCUGAUAAAAAGGGACAUGGGGAUAUUGAAAAUUAUUUUUAAAUGGUUAGAUUUGUAGCUGUUAAGUAACUGAAAUAAUUUUAAAUCUGUCUUUCAGCAUUUGUUUGUAUUUUAAGGACUAAAAUAGAAUUGAAUAGAAACAAAAAUAGAAGUGUAAGCAGUGUUAAAGUUGCAAAUCUUUACAUCUAACUCAGAAGAAGAAACAUUCAGAUUCUUAUUAGUUAGGCUUUAAGUGUUAAUCUAUACUCUGUACACAAAUCAAUAUUGCAGUGAAAAUCUUACCUUUAGAUUUCCUGAGUUGUGUUUAAAUCCACAAUCUGUGUUCUAUGAAUGUACAUUUUUAUAUUUAAGAAAUAAAAUAUUUAGAAAACAGAUUAA